GAAGCCGCACAUGCCAUUUUUCGCCCACAGCCUCUAUAUGUGGAAAAGAAUAUCCGAUUCAUCCAUUCCUUUCCGCGGCAAAUAACAAAAACUCAACAAUGAAUGAAAAUGAGGAAAUCCCCAAAGCACUCGUCGUCGGCGGCAGCAUAGCCGGAAUUUCCUGUGCUCACACUCUCAUAAAAGCCGGCUGGAAUGUUCAGAUACUUGAAAAAUCAACCACUCCCCCUACCGGAAGUUCCACCGGCGCCGGCCUCGGCCUCGACCCUCUCUCACAGAGCCUCAUCCAGUCCUGGCUUUCCGAUCCCCACCGUCUCCUCCAGUCCACCCUCUCACUUACCGUCGAUCAGAAUCAUGCAACUACUGAUGGGGAAACUAAGGGCAGGAGGAUUUUAACUAGGGAUGAGAAUUUCAAUUUCAGGGCAGCUCUUUGGGCUGACCUCCAUGGCCUUCUCUAUAAUGAGCUUCCAUCUGAAAUUUUUCUAUGGGGUCACCAGUUCCUCUCUUUCUCCAAGUCUGAGGACAAAGCUUCUAUGAAGAUAACAGCUAGAGUUUUGCAAACUGAUGAGAUUAUCGAAAUAGUUGCAGAUUUGCUUGUUGGUGCUGAUGGGUGUCUUUCUUCUGUUCUUCAAACCUUCCUUCCCAACUUCAAGUUGAGAUAUUCUGGAUAUUGUGCUUGGAGAGGAGUCCUUGAUUUUUCUGAGAAUGAGAAUUCAGACACUAUAGUUGGAAUCCGAAAGGCAUAUCCUGAACUUGGGAAAUGCCUGUAUUUUGACUUAGGAUCAGCUACUCACAUUGUGCUCUACGAGCUUCCAAAGAAAAAGCUCAACUGGAUUUGGUAUAUCAAUCAACCAGAGCCACAACUUAAGGGUAACUCAGUGACGAUGAGAGUACAAGAUGAGAUGGUGAGGAAGAUGCACAAACAAGCCGAGAAGGUUUGGGUUCCUGAGUUCACAAGAGUCCUUAAAGAAACAAAAGAGCCUUUCAUUAAUGUCAUAUAUGAUAGAAAUCCAUUGGAACAACUAGUUUGGGACAAUGUGGUACUAGUUGGAGAUGCAGCUCAUCCCACAACUCCUCAUGGCUUGAGAAGUACAAAUAUGUCAAUAUUAGAUGCAGCUGUUUUAGGCAAAUGCCUUGAGAAAUGGGGACCAGAUAACUUACAAUCAGCCCUCGCAGAAUAUCAAUCUGUUCGGCUGCCUGUCAGCUCAAAGCAAGUCCUGCAUUCUAGGUAUAUGGGUAGGCUAAAGCAAGGUUUAGCUCUUCCUGACCGCGAACCCUUCAACCCCAGGGUAGCUACACCAGAUAACUGCCUAGAACUUCAACAGAAGAACAUUCCUUUCUUCAAUGAUGUACCUCAAUUGAUAGAUGCUACCAGGAAAUCUAUAUAGUCAAGAAUGUCUAGGCCCCCUAGCUUAAAUGCAUUCAUCAUAAGCCAGUAUCUCAGGCCGCAUUUAAUUGUAUUCGUAACAUUGUACCGUCAAGAAGUAUAAUAAUAAUAAGUCCCCUCUAUGACAGAAGUCGUCUUCAAAUCCAUCUUUUGCAUCAUUGAUCAAGAAUGAGUUUAGCAGAAACUAUAUCCAUAACCAUAUGUGAGUUCUGAAUCAGUUUUCAUCUAUACAGCAACUACACAGAUGUUGCAUCAAUAUGAUUAUAUGAAAGCUAAGUUAUAAACAGCCGAUUGGUUUGGCAAUACUCUAUUUCAGAUUCAA